ACUUCUAUCUAAACCUAAUCCCCAAAUCUCAUCGAAUCCGAUUCUCUCUGUUCUUGAUUGAAUAACCUCCGUGUGUUCUUGAUUGAAUAAUCUGUAUCUAUGGCGGACGAAUCGACGAAAACUAGAAGGCAGCCUAGCCGGUUACAGCGGAGAGCGCCGGCGUUGAUACAGGUAACUCCGGUCGGUCACUGGAAUGUUGCGAUUCCUCUUUUAUCACCGUUGGCUACGUCACCGGAUGUGAAGACGAAUCAUGUUGAUAAUAGUAAGGAGGAGUGUCGAAGAGUUGUUAAUAGUGAUAAUAAGAUUGUGUCGGAGCCGGAGAAGGUGCCGAUUGUGUAUAAGAAGUGGCAACAUCCGGCUGCUCCGUUCUAUUACGAGACGGCGCCACCGUUAUUGCAGUCGGUAUGUACUGGUAUUGUUGAUAUGAGUUGAUGAUGGAUACAGAUUUAGAGGAUUUCAUCAUUGCAAUUUGUAUUUCUGAUUCGUAGUUUCAUAGAACCUGAUCGCUUUUAGAUCUAAUGGUGAAUGAUUUCAUUUUUUUUCUUCUUCUUGUUGUUCCCUCCCCGUUUAUUUUUGAUAAAUUCUGAUCCGAAGGAAAUGGAUCUCACAAGCAUGAACAAGUCAUCUCGAUAGCGUGUAGGUUUAGGUCAAUAACAUUUGUUUUUUUUUUUGUUCCGUAGCAUCUUGAUCGAUUAAAUCUAAUGAAACAACCAAAAAUUCCAUCAAGUUAUGAACU